CAUGAAUGACGACAUGAACGAUCACGAAUAUGAUCUCCAUCAGUCAGCCUGUCCGUCUGUGAAUAGGCUUAAACUUAUUACGGCUUGCAGGGAUAUGGAAGCAAAGAAGAAGCUUUAUAGCGCAUGGGCUUCAUUCUAUGACGAGGACAUGGACAUCCUUGGCUAUCAAGGGUACGGUGUCAUGGGUAAAAGGGUUACCGAGCUUAUAACAGAUAAGGAAGCGAAGAUCUUGGACAUUGGAUGUGGAACUGGACGUUUCGGAUUAGAGCUUCACUCACUUGGGUACACCAAUAUUCACGGUGUAGACGGGAAUAACAAUUUCUUGGAGAAAAGUCGCGAGAGACAUGUUUAUACCAACCUCAAACAAUGUUGGUUUGGCGAAAACGUCAUUUCACCCUAUGAAAAUGGUGCUUUUGAUAUCGUAGUAGCUGUGUCUUCAUUUGGACCUCUAGCACUGGAUCAUACUGCAUUACCAGAGAUUGGCCGUCUGACUCGAACAGGUGGAUAUUUCAUCCUGUUCAUACGGAAAUCAAGACUAGAAAUGGAGGACGAAAUAUUCAACGUCAAGUCAGUCUUUGACGAGUGGAUCGCGAGUGGAGAAUGGGAGCGACUUGGCGACAUCAGCUCGGUUUACUACUCUGGAACGGAUGACGGGUCGGAGCAUGAUGACCUUUUGGUUGAGCAUGAGGGCGUUAUCGUUACCCUAAGAAAACAGGCAAUUGAGUAACCAUUUGAGGUGCAUUCGUUUUGAAUACCGAAUGCAGAAUAAUGCACUAAAUAUACAUAGUGUAAUUACAGCCUGUCGGACACACACGAUUUGCAUUUAAUAUGCUAACGUAUUUAAUCAAUUUGUAGUACUGGGGAAUUGGUAAAGUUGUUUAUUUAGCCUGUAAUAUCGAAUUCGACUUUUGUAAUGCAGUAUAAAUACACCGACUUUGAUAACAAGAGCAGCUGUUCCUGCACAAUUUCCAAAAUUUCAUUUUAUUUGUAAUGAGAUAUUGCCUUAAUCAACUCGCCAAAUGCGUAGUAUAUCCCAUCUUCUGUUUCUCGUUCUUCAUUUCCCCCUUUCCCAUUUUUUCUUUCUUAUCUAAUGCGCAACGUAUCAAUCAUGGAUGAGACCUUGUAUAGUCGGAUCCCCAACUUUUUAAUUUCUUCCCUUUUUCCUUCCUUUGUUAUUUUUUAAGCGCGUGUAUAUCAUUAAGUACUCAAUUAUUUCUUUAGUUUCAAGGGGGGUCCAAACUACAAGCAUUGCUUUCAGUGGACCGCUCAUUUUCAUUACUGUAUGCUUUCAUUGAAAAUGUUAAUCUUUAUUUGUAUCUGAUUUAUAUUACUUUGUAUUAUCUUUGAAUGGAAAUUUUAAUGAAAUAAAGGAAUUGAAUGAAUCAGUUCACCGAAUAGUAGAAGUAUGUGUAUAAUGUAAUAGUGGUCUAUAGGUCGGGUCGGGAGGUUCAACCCGACUGUUGCUAUAUAUAAUACAACUUUGUAUACCAAAUUAUUGCGUGAUAUGAAUUACCGUAUAUUGUGCCAUCGGUAGAUAGAUUACUAAAUGAAAUAAAAACCAGAUUAGAUUAACAAGGUCUUGAAAUU